AUGCCAAAGCUGUUGACCGUGCUAGCAUGCCUAUCUUUUCUCCUGCCAUCGACACUCGGCGCUGUGUUAGCCAUUGACUAUGGAACUGACUGGACGACGGCCUCUCUCAUGAAGCCUGGGAUACCUUUCGACGUACUUCUGAAUCGUGACUCGAAACGAAAGAUUCACUCGUCUGUCGGAUGGAAUCGUGCGGAUCGACUUUUCGGCAGCGAUGCCCUGAACAUUGCCACACGGUUCCCCCAAGACUCGUUCCCUUCCCUGAAGCAUCUAGUUGGUGCCCAUUAUUCCAGCAAUAAAACUUCAUAUUACAGCCAGCUGUAUCAGGCCACAACCUUUGAGUCUGAGCGUAAAACGAUAACAAUUAGACGGCCUCAUCUAUCGGAGGGUGCUGAAUGGACUGUGGAAGAGUUGCUUGCUAUGCAGUUCGCAUAUAUCAAGGAUUUGGCAUCAGAGCUCGCAAACGAAGUAAUUUCGGAUGCAGUGCUCGCUGUGCCCCCGUACUUCUCCCAGGUUGAGCGCCAAUCAUUCAUUGAUGCCCUGGAGAUUUCCGGAUUGAGGCUUCUGGCUCUCGUUCAUGAUGGCACUGCUGUAGCUGUCAAUUAUGCCAUGACUCGAUCCUUCCCAGAAAAGGAAUUUCAUGUCAUUUAUGACGCUGGUGCGGGUGCUAUUCGAGCCACAGUUGCCUCAUUCAGCUCUCCUGAUGCUCCGCCUCCUUCAACGACCACAACAAAGAUCGCGCGGAAUUUGAAGACCACUACGAAGGAAAGUGCGAUCAUUGAAAUAUUCGGAUUCGGUUGGAACAAGGAGGCUACUGGCAACGAGUUAACUCGGAGACUCAAAUAUCUCUUUAUUAAUCGCUUUGAGGAGAAACAUGGAAAAGACAUUUUAUCUGCUGAUCCCAAGGCUUUGGCUCGAUUGCUGAAGGAAGCCGAACGGGUAAAGGGCAUCCUCAGCGCCAACACGGAUGCGUUCUCUAUGGUUGAAUCUAUUACUGGGGAUAUCGAUUUUAGGACAAAGACGAGUCGUGCUGAGUUCGAGGGCAUGUGCGAGGACUUGAAGCCGCUGUAUGUGCAGCCCAUUUUGGAUGCUCUUGCAAACAGUGGACUUACAAUGGAGAACAUCACGUCGGUGAUUCUGGCGGGUGGGCAUUCACGUGUCCCGAUGGUACAAGCUGAGCUCAAGGCACUUGUCGGAGAAUCGAAGAUUGCACAGAACGUGAAUGCGGACGAAUCAUUUGUCCUCGGAUCUGCCUUCUACGGGGCGACACUCUCUCGCCAGUUCCGUACAAAGAAGUUGAAAGUACAAGAUGUCUCACCCUAUGACUUCCAAGUUUCAUAUGAAACAGAGGUUAAGAAAGGUGGCAAAAGAUCAAUCAGCACUGUCGUAUACCCCAAAGGCAGUAAAUUGGGAGUCAAGAAGACGUUGACGCUGAAAGGAAGGAAGGAAUUCCCGACAAGUAUCUAUAACAUCAAUAUAUCGAAUGUUACUGAAGCGAUUUCUAAUCUCACUACUCGAGGAGCAGUGGACCCCGUUGUCAAAGUAACGCUCUUUCUCACAGACUCCGGCAUGCUCACUGUCCACGAUGUUAUCGCUUAUGGGGAGGUUAAAGAUGACUCAUUGACUGGCAAAUUGAAAAAUCUUUUUGGCGGUGGAGCAUCAUUGCCAAGUGACUCUUCGACUUCGUCCCCUACAUCUGAUGAUGGCGGGUCCGCUUCGGCCCCCUCUCCCUCAUCCCCAGCACCUGAAUCAUCAGUGUCAGUCACCGCGAAGGAAGACAAGAAUAUCGUCCCUCUCGUAUGGGAGACUGAGCACGUAUCAAUUCGACCACUCACACCAUCAGAGAAACAGAAAUCGAAACGCCGUUUGUUGGCCGUCGACCAGGCAGAGCUGGCAACGCGUCAGCUCGAAGAGGCUAGAAAUGUUCUUGAGGGCCACAUAUAUAGGCUAAAGGAUCUGCUUGCCGAAUCUGCUGCUUCGGUGACCCCCUUCGCUGAGUUCUCAACUGCGGAUGAAAGAAACAAGCUGCUUGUACUGGUGGAGGAAACGUCCCAGUGGUUGAGCGAGGGGUCAAAUGGGGCUGAUGCUGUUAUAUACAAUCAAAAGAGAGAGGCCCUACAGGCUCUUGAAGACCCUAUCACUGGCCGCCAGAAAGAGGCGGAAGCACUGCCUGGGGCCAUUGCUGAUCUCAACAAAGCCCUUGCUGCCAGUCGAUCAUUUCUGAAAUUGGCAGAUGAAGGACUCACUGCGGUAGGAGAGCGCGCUGACGAAGAUGGAGAAGAAGUCGACUCAUCAACAGUUAAAUGGACUGCAGAAGAAGCCGAAGAGAUCAGGACCAUUGUCGAGGAAACACAAAGCUGGUUCCAGAAGCAGCUGGACGCGGUCGUGGAUCAACCCAAGAACGUCGAUGCGCCGAUCCGCGCUAUUGACCUUGACAUUCGCGGUUCAAAACUUCAAAAGAAGGUGCUUCGACUGAUUAACCGCAAGGCGGCCAAGCCGAAACCGAGCUCGAGGAAAUCCACCACGUCCUCGUCCACACAAACACGAACUGAGGGCUCGACAGGAGAAAAACCAGAACCUACUCAUAUACCACGCGAAGACCUGUAG